CACAUUACUCUAUAAAGGCAACUAACGGACACAAAAGAAACAGUCCAUAUUCGUGCUCCGCCGAUGAUGUUAAUUAUUUACGCGGAGAUCACAUCGCCUUACGUGUUGUAGAUUACACAACGCUUGCGAUGACACAAAGUGAACCCUGUAAAGUGUCCCCAUUAUUUUGAAAGUUCCCUCCGUUUUUUGACCGCGCACGCGCAAAUACCUGUCCGUGAUUGGUCGUGAAAACGAAAGCCUUCAACAAUGAGUGUUAUUCAAAACAGUGUGACUGUCAGUGUCAGUCGCGCGGCGUGCAAUAGCAAAGGGAGCAUGAUUGUCGUGUCGAAUAGACUGCCUUUUAUUUUGAAGAGAAAUGUGAAAACCGGUGAAUUAGAGAGAAAGGCCAGCGCCGGCGGUCUGGUGACCGCUGUGGCGCCGGUGGUGAUCCGGGGCAACGGUAUCUGGGUGGGCUGGCCCGGGAUACACCUGGACAACCCCAACGAGAAGAUCCCGGAGUCAGACCCUGACGACAAGACGCCCACCGCUGGCCUACUCUCCAGUAAGAUAGUUGCCAUUCAUGCCGAGCCAAAACUAUUCGACAGUUAUUACAAUGGCUGCUGCAAUGGUACUUUCUGGCCUCUGUUCCACUCCAUGCCAGACCGGGCGACGUUCAUCGUUGAACAAUGGCAAGCGUACGUCAAAAUCAAUGAGGAAUUCGCCGUAAAGACUGUCCACGCCCUGAAAUUACUGAAGACAAGAAAAGAAAAGAAUGGGAAUUCGCCGCCGAUUAUUUGGGUGCACGAUUAUCAUCUCAUGUUGGCUGCCAAUUGGAUCAGAGAACGUGCGGAAGAAGAUGAGAUAAAAUGCAAAUUAGCUUUCUUCUUACAUAUACCGUUCCCGCCUUGGGAUAUAUUCCGGUUACUUCCUUGGUCAGACGAAGUUUUGCAGGGAAUUUUAGGUUGCGACAUGGUUGGUUUCCAUAUAACAGAUUAUUGCUUAAACUUCAUCGACUGUUGCCAAAGGAGCUUGGGUUGCCGUGUUGAUAGAAAGAAUCUUCUGGUAGAAUUGGGCGGCAGAACGAUUUGUGUGCGACCGUUACCCAUAGGCGUGCCCUUCGAUAGAUUCGUGACAUUGGCGCAAAAUGCUAAACCAGUACUUAAUAUGACUCAACAAGUAAUACUUGGAGUUGAUAGGCUAGAUUAUACCAAAGGAUUAGUUCACAGACUGAAAUCAUUCGAGAGGCUAUUAGAAAAGCAUCCAGAGCAUAUAGAAAAGGUUGUAUUGUUGCAAAUAUCAGUUCCAUCAAGAACAGACGUAAAGGAAUAUCAGGAUUUGAAGGAAGAAAUGGACCAGUUAGUUGGGCGAAUAAAUGGGAGAUUUACGACGCCAAACUGGUCACCAAUUAGAUACAUUUAUGGGUGCAUCGGCCAAGAACAGCUUGCAGCGUUCUACCGCGACGCUGCAGUGGCCCUGGUGACGCCGCUAAGAGACGGAAUGAAUCUAGUCGCGAAAGAAUUUGUAGCUUGUCAGAUAAACAAGCCUCCAGGAGUACUUAUAGUCUCUCCAUUUGCUGGGGCUGGGGAGAUGAUGCACGAGGCACUGAUAUGCAAUCCUUAUGAGCUCGAUGAUUGUGCUGAAGUUAUUCAUAGGGCACUAAUAAUGCCAGAAGACGAGCGUACAGUGCGCAUGAACCACCUCAGGCGGCGAGAGCAACUGAACGACGUGGACAGCUGGAUGAAAGCGUUCCUCAAAGCCAUGGACUCGCUGGAGGAGGAUUCCGAUGACAUAGGAGCCACGUCCAUGCAACCUGUCACUAUCGAUGACUUCGAUGAAUAUUUGUCCAAGUACAUCGGCUACACACAGAAACUAGCUCUGUUACUAGAUUACGACGGAACUUUGGCUCCAAUCGCUCCGCACCCCGACCUGGCCACUCUACCGCUCGAGACAAAGCACACUCUGCAGCGUCUCUCUAACAUGUCGGAUGUCUAUAUCGCCAUCAUUUCCGGAAGAAACGUGAACAAUGUUAAAGAAAUGGUGGGUAUAGAGGGCAUCACUUACGCCGGCAACCAUGGUUUGGAGAUCUUACACCCCGACGGCAGCAAGUUCGUGCACCCCAUGCCUAUGGAACUACAAGACAAAGUCGUGCAUCUGCUCAAAGCUUUACAAGAACAAGUUUGCAAAGACGGUGCCUGGGUAGAGAACAAGGGCGCUCUCUUAACGUUCCACUUCAGAGAGACGCCGGUGGCGAAGCGAGCAGCGCUGGCCGAAGUGGCGAGGCAACUCAUCACGGACGCGGGCUUCGAGGCUGCCCCGGCGCAUUGUGCUAUUGAGGCGAGGCCGCCAGUGGAAUGGAAUAAAGGUCGUGCAUCUAUCUACAUCCUUAGAACAGCGUUCGGUUUGGACUGGAGCGAACGAAUUAGAAUCAUUUAUGCUGGUGAUGACGUCACGGAUGAAGACGCCAUGUUGGCCCUCCAAGGGUUGGCAGCCACAUUCCGCAUAGCAUCAUCAACGAUCACGAAAACAUCAGCUGAACGACGUCUUUCCUCAACCGAUUCAGUGCUGGCUAUGCUGAAGUGGGUGGAAAGGCAUUUCUCUCGACGUAAACCCAGAGCAAACUCCCUGACGUACAAAGGGGCUAAGAUAGCUCGGGAUAGUCUUCAUAUGCAAAUGUCAUAUCACCUACCCACCAGGUCUCCAAAGCAAACCCCUCCUCGCACGCCUGAAGUAAUUUCUAGCGGUUCCGAAUCGAGUUAGACGAAAUGCUAAUUCGAUGUAGGUAUACCCAGACCAAUUACCUUCUGUAGGACCUGCUUUGCUAGAGAAUGACCUUGUUCACACAAACUGCAUCUAUAGGAAUCGAUGUUUCAUUGUAUUAAAAUUACACGUGUGUGUAUUAUUACGAUUUAAAAUUUAUAGUUGUGUGUAGUGUAAGGACACAGGAUAUAUUUUUUGGUGUUAAAUAUUUUCGAUGUGUGAGUUUACCUUGUCCCCGUCAAAAAAACAACAGACAAUUUUGGUAUGAAUUUGAGUGUGACAAGUCCAAUUAGAAGAUGAUUGGUCUGAGGAUAUAUGUGGUGUUUAUCUCAUGUAGUUGUAAUUUAUUCGUUCCUGAAUUGACUAGUACCUUUGGAUAUAUAUAAAUAUUAAUCAAUGUUAUUUUGCACUAAAAUUUUCAUACUCUAAAUAUUCAUACAACAAUUUAUGUAGAUAAGCGAAAUAAUCGGGCUAUGAAAGUAUUUAUCGAUUUAUAUUAAAUUACAAUUCCUUUAAUACGCUUGUUUUGACUAUUAGGAGAACAAAGAAAAAUAUUUUGGUACUUAAAUUCUUUAGCAAACAUUUUUUUACAGAAUUCAGACUAAAUGGGUAUUUUUUAUGUACAUGUAUAGAGUAAAGAAGCAUGCUUGAGUAGGACAUUAUUGUCUCAAUGUGAUAGUGUAGUGAUAACUUUAUUUUUAGGCUUCGUAAUUAUUUAAGUUAUAAUCUAGUAAUUUAUAUGAUGUACGGUUCUCAGUCCGCUACUUCUGUAAUUAUUUUAAAACUGUUAUUUAGAGAAGAUUUGCGAAACAGUAGAGACGUGUCGUUCCAUACAAAACGGUCAUUAAACCGCCUUUUUCUAGACAAAAGGAGUUUGAAAUAACUGACCGCUAACGUUUUGAAAAAGUUACAAAGAAAAGGUGUGAUGUAACCAUAGCUGGGCACCGUUAAUCAAAUAGUUAACUUCGUUAAUCGUUAGUCCGCUACAAAAAAGGUUAGCUUCGUUAAACGUUAAAGCGUUACAUGUCGGAAGAAUUAACGCAAGUUAACGUUAAUCGUUAAUCCGUUAAUAUGACUGGUUAAUAUUGCAUUUUUAUAUCAUUGUGUGAGAUCCCCAUUGCAAAAAUAAAGGUGAGCACUGGGGAAAAAUGCCAUAAUUUGUUUUUAGUUGAUUUUUUCUAUAAUUUUAACAUAAAUAUAGUAAUUUGUUGAUUUCUUUGAAAAAAAAUCUUUCAUAAUUUCUUACUUGUCUAAACCUGUUAAUCACGUCGCGCGAUAAAUAGAAAGCAUUGGAUUAACGAUUAACGGACUUCUGCACAUUAACGGAAGUUAACGGGUCCGUUAACAUUUUUAAAAGUUAACUUAAAAGUUAAUCCGUUAAUCAAAAUGUUAACUUCGUUAAUUAACGAUUAACGGAUUAACGAGUUAAUGCCCAGCUAUGGAUGUAACUUGAUGCUGAUCGUACCGCACCUACAUAUUAAUCAAUCAAUAUAUUACAUUAUACAGGAUGCUCGGGAGUAUUUCCCAUAACUCUAGGGUUAUAUUCUUUAAGGAAAAUUAAUUUAAAAUGUCUAAGGAACAUGUGUUCUAAAAUGAAUAUUAUUGGAGUAUAAAAUAUUUCUUUUGUACAUAGAUCUUAAAUUCUUUCCCUUAUACGCAUCCUAAUAAUUAUGACGUAGUCAAAAUUAAAAUUUUAUUUUUAUAGGAUAGACAGAAUUAUUUGAAUUACUAUGUAUGAAAACAUAAAACGUUUUUAUUUUUUAGUUAAAAAAAUAUUAUUUAUGCGGUUCGGCUCCUGUAAGUGGACCCGUCAACACAUUGAAGUUAUGGGAAAUACUCCCCAGCACCCUGUAUAUUUAUUGUAUGGGACCUGUCAAAAAUAAAAUACUUAAACAAAUAAUAAGAUAGUGAUAAUUCAGAAAAAAUCAAAUAUCCCAUUUUUUUCUAGCAAAAAUAAGUACAAUAAGCCAUUAUAUAACUUUUUUCUAUACCAAGACAGACCUAAAAGUAAGAGUCGUUUUUGCCAAAAACUGACAACUGACUUACUAAAUGCAAAAUAGGUAUUUUGCCAAAAACUGACUGCUGGGCUGAGUGUACGUACAUAUUGUAGAGUGUAUCUCUAGAGAGAAGUAUUUAGAUUUUAGAGUAUUCAUUUUUGCACUGAGAUAAAUUUAACUUUGCAAGGAUUGGGCAAAAAAAAUAGUGUUUUAGUAAGUGUAAAUAGAAACAUGCAUAAUUCACCUAUUUGUAAGAAUUAUUUAUGAUGUAAACAACUUUAGAUUUUAAAUAAUCCAUUAAAGUACUCAUUAAAUAUUUCAAUGAUUGAUCUGUGCACAUAAUAGACGCCAAUUUUGAUGCACGUUGAAAUAAAUUUAAUUAAAAAAUGUAACCGUCCUUUUCUGUACUGUUCAUUCAGAAAAGGAUGGCAAUAUUUUUUGACCUGUCAAAUAUGUGCUGGGCGUAAAGUGUAGUGUGUAGUGUGUAGUGUAGUGUGAUUUUUAAUAUUUAUUUAUAAUUAAAAACCCAUUAGAUUGUUGGAAAUGAGUUGAUGUCAGUUUUUUUGAUCACAUAAUCAAUGAAAUGUAGAUGUAGUGCAGCUUUGCCAGACGUCCCGAUUUUUCAAAAUCAAAUUUAAAUUUUCGUGCGGGACAGGCUCGGUCCCGCUUUUUGGGAAUGACUCGAUCGUGUGUGCAGAGUACUAAGAAAGCGCGGGAGGGUGGCACACUUACUUCUCAGACUAUCGUUUGAAACGCCAUAUUAUUCUAAUUAAAAAAAAAAUAACUCUCUCUGUUUUUUUUUAUUCAGAAGAAAAGUGGGUCUGGUCUGAUUUAAAAUAUAAUAUUUUUUAUUAAAAUGGACAUUUUUACUAUCUACUGUCACCUAAACGUAAUUUGAACUCAAAUAAAAAGAUAAAUUUUCAAAAACUUUUGAUUAUAUAGGUUUUACGACGCUUUCGGCGAAAGUGUGAAAAAAGUUCCUAAAUCCUGACUUAGCAUCGAGAAAUCUGGCAACACUGCUGUAGUGAUAGUAUUAGUAAAUAAAAUGACAAUCUACAGACGUUUUUGAUAACCUCUUUAACUUAUCUAUA